CUGAGAGAUAUCCUUAUAAAAAUGUAAGCUUAUAUAGCUCCUAACUUUUUUAUCUGAUGAUUAUUUUAUUACAAUAAAAUGUCCAUCGAAUUUCCUACUUUAGUCAUAUUUGGUUAUGAUUUCUACUAGGAAUAAUUUUCAUGUCUACGAAAUUUGAUGGACUUCAUCUGCAGUUCGUGAUACUGCCUCUAUGCCUGAAUGUUUCGUUUAGCACAUGGCCACAGUAUCCCAAUCUGUCGGCCGACUUUGCGAAAGGCGCAAUAAACAAUUUUGGGGAAAUGGCACAAAAAUCACAAGUUUUCCCCAAGUCUGGGGAAAAUUUCUCACCACAUCGAUAAGUUUUAAAUUUGACUAGUUUCAUACCCAACAAUAUAAACUUGUGCUUCUACAUGGCUAGCAGGCGUACUUGUUUGUGAUGAGGGGUUUGAUAGUUGAACUCGUCCAUAAUACUCAUGAUGUAGACAGUUGACGUAGAUGUAGUGAGGCAGCAUACUGUAGGUAAUCAACUGGAAGGAUAUCCCUAAUAUUCUGCUCGUGGUGUACAGUAACGGAUCCAGAGAAAGUUUUUUCAGUGCAAAGUCGACCACUACUGGAGUAAUUUCCACCACAGAACUGUCUUUCUGGGUGUUUUAAACCAAAUUAUAGUUCUAAAACUAAUCUAGUAACUUGAGAGUUGUUGGAAUUUCACGAAACGUCAGUCUAACGCAUUGAAUUCAGUGUGAUGUCGUAGAAUCUUAUUAUAAUUACGUACCCAACAGACUUGAUUUUAUGAUGGAUUCAACUGACUUCUUAAGAAAUAUUCUUGUUUUCUGUUACAUUAAUUAUGACUACAAGUCAUUUAAUCUCGUUUCGAUCUCAUGUUAUGCACUAAGUGCAUAAACUAAAUUAUACCAUUCUAUAAUCAUAAGAGGCACCCGCGCCCAACAAAUGUGAGGCCUAAACUUGGCACUUGCUACUUUCGUCAACUGGACAACAGAAUCAUACCAUUAUAAGUGACUGUCAAAUCAAGCUAGUUAUCAAUCCCGGCCACAUUGUUGUCUGGGUUACGUUUCACUGAGCGUACUAAACAUGAUUAGUUUUUCUAACAUGAUAAGGAAUAUAUACACAGUCAAGAAUAAUAUAUAAGAGGUCGGAACUGAAGAGUAGAUCGUUAUCAAAUUGGUCUAAGUAAUGUUCCUUAGUGAGUGUGAUACAGGUUAAGAAAAAAUACCUAGAUAGUUGGUUAACCAUUCCCGUCGUUUUAUUUUCAGAGAUGGAAUACUUUCUUAAACGGAUCCCAGCCUUCAGUCGUGCAUUAGGUGAUAUCGACUCUGACAGUGAUGAUGACGACGACUCAAUCGUUGACCAGAAUGGUCUUGAUGUUCCCGAUAAUUCCCUGCUAUUCACAAAUGAGCAAGAUGAAGAAUUAAACACCUAUCAAAUAUUUCGAGAUUAUACAACAAUAUCACAUGUAAUUCUAGCUAUUGGACCGUUAACAAGUGCAUUCGUAACUAUUGGCACUGGUAUUACCCAUAAAAAUUUAUCUACUAUUAAAGUAUCAUAUAAGAAGACUUCUCUAGUAUUCAAUAGUUACUAUCUUCCAGAUUAUGACAACACAUUAAUUAUUUGUAUUGAACAUGAACCUAAAUUUUUGUGCUAUCAACACAAGUAUAUCCUUUGUAGAUACUUUCAACGUGUUUUUUGUCGAAAUGAGAAUUUCGAUAAGGAUAAAAUUUCUAUAAAAGAUAUUAAUGUACUAUGUAGUCGUUCAGUGACUCAGUAUUGUUCUAAAUUGAAGACACCUCCCCCUUUUAUAAAAUUUAUACCAACCUAUUCUGGAUUAAGUAGUCGGUUUCCAAAGCUGGAAGAACCGACAAUUUUGACAGGUUUACCAGCUGAAGCGCUGAAUUGGUUUUAUUUCAAGUCCUUACCAGUCAAUGUAUAUAUUGUAUUUUAUUUACCACACGUUAGUGUCUGUGAAUGGUCUGCAGUAAAAGAGAUAUUCAACAGUCUGUUACCAGUUGGUAUUGAAAUUAUGCCAAAGCAGUUUUCAUCCAACAAUCAAUGGGACAAUAAUUUAUUAAGUGAAAAACUCAAGGAAAUGUGUAUUACUGCAGUUUGCAAUAGUGAACGUGCAAAGACAGACCAAAUGUAUACUUGA